AUGGAACGUGUUCGGUGUCGCAUAGUGCUGUUGAUAAUACUGAUCGCCAUCCGAUUGGCGUGCGUUUUCGGCGAACAGGAGCAGCUGGAAGAAAUCGUUCACCAACCGCUGCAUUGUGAGCGAAUCGAUAAUUCACAGUGGGCCCAAACAAGUGGCAGAGAUUGGGGAUCGUUUCACGGCAGGAUAGGGGAACGUGUGCUGCGCUGCGACUGUCACGACAGUAUCCGUGUGCGGCGCGGUAACGAGCACGGCGAGCAACGGCCUAACUUGCGAAAUCCUGCCUUCAUCCUGCCACCGUUCGAGGCAACCACCGUGGCCACCGAUAUUCUGAUCGUAAACUGCGAGCAACUUCUCGUACCGGCCGGUACGUUCCGUGCGAUCCGUGCCGGUUUCUUACCAAGAACGAUACGGUUCGUCAACAUCGAACAGUUGACGCUGGAGUCGUUUGCGUUUGAAAGUGGUAGUUCUGCAAGUGGGCAACAGAUUGUCAAUCCACACGAUCCGCAUCCAGUAUUCGGACCAAUCACGCUCAGCAUUGAGCGCUGCCAGUUGGACGAACUUCCGGCCAAUGUUUUCCACGGUGCGGCGUUACGUUCGGUGCUGUUCAGUGGUUCUCAGGUGGGGAUAAUUCGAUCGCUAGCCAUCAGUACACGCUUCCAGCAGUUCAUCUUCUCCGACACCGUGAUUGGGCAAUUCGCCAGGCACGCAUUCAAGCGAGCUCAGAUGGAGCAGUUGCAUUUGCACAAUGUAACCAUGACUGGGGCUUGGUCCUCUCAAGCCUGGCAAGGACUCAUCGUAAGCAAUGCGAUACAGAUAAGAGACUGCACCUUUCUGCAAACCAUUCAUCCAGCCGCUGUUACAGAGAGCAGUGCUGAUGAAUUGCUAUUGCAACGAAAUAGCUUCAACGAGUCUAUAGCUGACGAGGCUUUCCAGUUGGAAAUUAAAAAUCGCAUACGAGUGAUCGAUAACACCUUCGGCCUGGUAUCGUCAAACCUUUUCAGAGGUGUCAGGAUAUCGAACGACUCAGCAUGGAAUGCACAACCGAACAUUCUACUGGAGCGCAAUCGCAUCGACACAUUUACCGCUGCCAACGAUGCGCACACUUUUCUUAUCUUUCCACGUAAUUUCACCGUAAGUCUGGAAGGGUUCCGCAUCGCUCAGCUUGCAACAUGCGACAGCACCAACAUAUCAUUCCCGGCGUGGCAAGAAAUCUAUUUCCUGCAACCGUUCGCAACGACAUCACGCGACGAUCCAGAAUCGUACAUCUCCGUAGAACAAUUCCGCGCCCGGGAGGGUUGUGAUUCGGAAGGACCAGAUAUGGUGUUGGUGAUCGUGUUGGCUACCCUGCUGGGUGUCACCAUACUCGGUGCCAUCAUUGGUGGUCUCUUGUGCUGGAGACACUAUCGUAAGAAACAGCGGAUGUUGCUACUGGAGCAAAACUUAGUGCAACCCGUCCCGAGAACCUACCGUGAAACACAGAUACUGCUGAAGCUCGAAACGGUCGGUACACUGAAGACGGAUUUUUAA